AUGGCUUUUUUUUGUUUAAUCGUUAACCACGAUAUCGAAGAAAGAUUUAAACAACGUCCAUUAAUUAUAAAUGAUAGAGUAGUUUUUACCUCAUUAGAUUCAACCUAUUUUGAAACUCGAAGACCAACAAAAAGUCAAAAAACGGAAAAUAAUGUUACACACAAGGUUCAUAGUAAAAAAAUUACUUUUAUGUGUGAUUUUUCAGGUAACAUUGUAUAUGGGGGUGAACCAUUUGAUGGUAGUGUUAAAGAUAUACCUGAUGUAGAGAAUAUAGUUGAAUUUAUGAGAUUAAAUUCAAAUGGAGAAAAAAUAUUAACAGAUAAAGGAUAUAUCCAAGAAGAAUAUGAUGAUGUAUUUUUAACUCCAUAUAAAGGAAACCCAAGUUCAUUAACACUUUCUCAAAGAGAAUUUAAUAAAGUUCAUCAUUCUCAAAGAUCUAUUUUAGAAAAUUUAUUUGGUCGAUUUACAUCAUUCGCCAUUAUUAAUGGUCAAUAUUGA